AUGUCUAAGAAGAGUGAGAAGACUAAGAACAUAGACAAACCAUGUUUUAGAGCGUGUGUUCCUCCCUGCCCUCGCUACAUCACGAGCGGGGAUACACACGCUCUAUGCGUGGUUUGUCUGGGAGCGGAGCAUGCGGCAUCGGCUUUCGAGAAAGCCGAUUGCCCGCAUUGCGAUCUUUUUCCGAUGCGCACGCUCCGCUCCCGGAAGGCUCUCUUCGAGGAGGGAGCCUUCACCAGCGCUCCUCGCGGGUCUGGUCCCGCUUCCGCCGAGGCGGAGCGGGCACUGCACUCGUGGGGUUCGCAGUUGGAUCUGCUGGAGGGUAUGGAGACGGGUGUCCCCCUAUCUUCUGCCUCACCCGGCAGAUCCGCAGCCCGAUCGGGCUCGACGGUCCGUCUCUCAUCCUCCGAGGGGGGUGAGGUCGAGAUCGUCGAUACACCUCAAUCUGUGCAAUAUGAGGAGCUGCUGGAGGUUGUGACUCGUGCGGUUGAGAAGCUUAAAAUAGAUUGGCCCGCCGAGUCACAGGCCGAGCCUCAGAGAACCCGCUUGUUCAUCCCCGCUUCCUAUAAUUAUGGCAGCGUUGCGGGGCUGGAUGAGCGCGGCUAUAGAGCGAUGCCACGGGUGGAACAGACUCUCGCCAGCUAUCUGUCCCCCGGUUCGGCAUCGUCUCUCAAGGCUCCGGUAUUGCCGACCAAACCGCUGCGAGUCACCUCAGCGUUGGUCGGCAAGGGGUACACGGCGGCAGGUCAGGCUGGUGCGUGUCUGCACACGAUGUCCGUGUUGCAGGCAUACCAGGCUGACCUGCUAAAAGAGCUGGAUGAGGGAGAGGAGAUCAAAGAUGCUGAUAUCGCGGAGGUUAGGAGGACCGCUGAUCUUGCUCUCCGCGCCACUAAGGAGACCGUUCGCGCUAUCGGGCGGUCUAUGGCUGCCCUAGUGGCCGCGGAGAGGCAUCUUUGGUUGACCCUGUCCGAUAUGAAAGAAAAGGACAGGGUCUUCCUUCUGGACGCCCCGCUUUCGCCUUCUGGCCUGUUCGGCGACUCCGUUAACUCGGUCGUCGACAGGUACCAGGAGGCUCGUAAACAAGCGGCGGCGUUCCAGCGGUUCCUCCCCCUCCGCCAUCCAGCUCGCGAGGCUGCUGGGCGGGAGCAGCCUCGGCCGUCUACCAGCUCCUCAUAUAGACAGGCACAGAAACAGAGCGUGGCCACUCGCACUCCGCCCCAUCGAGAGCGAGUGGUCGUACGCUCUAAGUCGGGGACUUCUAAGGAGACCGUUUCGCUAACCCUGCCGGUGCUUCAGGGCGCAGCGGCCUCCAGCGAGCAUAUACCUCGGUUUCUCCCGCCCGGCAACGUAGCGGGGCCGGGGGAGCUCGCCACCCCCGAGGGGGUCUCUGAGGCCGCUAGUUCAGGUGCUUCCUGCCGGGCAACCGUUACAGGACACCGUUCUAGCGGCUCAACAAACACCAGAGAAAGAGGGUAUCGAAUACAGUUCGGCGCUCCUCCGCCGCCAUUUGUCGGGGUCUCUCCCACCUUGGUGGGCCCCGAGCAGGGUCUGGUAAUGGAACAAGAAGUAGUUUCUCUUCUGAGGAAGGAGGCCAUCGAGGUGGUCCCUCCUCACGACAGGGAGUCCGGGUUCUACAGCCGGUAUUUCAUUGUUCCGAAGAAGGAUGGGGGCCUGCGUCCCAUUUUAGAUCUUCGUGUUCUGAACCGCUCAGUCAUGAAGCUGAAGUUCAGGAUGCUUACUCUCAAGCAAGUAGUGUCACAAAUCAGGUCCGAGGACUGGUUUGUGACGAUAGAUCUGAAAGACGCGUACUUCCAUGUCUCCAUCCUUCCUCAACACAGGAAGUUCCUGAGGUUUGCUUUCAGGGGCGAAGCAUACCAAUAUCGGGUUCUUCCGUUCGGCCUAGCACUCUCCCCCCGCACUUUUACCAAGUGUGUGGAUGCAGCUCUGGCUCCGCUGCGACUCCAGGGCAUCCGCAUUCUAAACUAUAUCGACGACUGGUUAAUCCUAGCACAGUCGGAACAGUUAGCGGCUCAGCAUCGAGAUGUUGUGCUCGCUCACAUGAAAGAGUUGGGGCUGAGACUGAACGCCAAGAAAAGUGUGUUGUCUCCAUUACAGAGAACCACUUAUCUAGGUGUGGUGUGGGACUCGACCACGAUGCAGGCACGGUUGUCUCCUGCUCGGAUAGAGUCGAUCCUUGCUGCAGUCAGGAGAGUCAAAGUAGGCCGGUCACUCACUGUCAAGCAGUUUCAACAACUGCUGGGUCUGAUGGCGGCUGCGUCCAACGUGAUACCUUUUGGCCUGCUGUACAUGAGACCCCUACAGUGGUGGCUCAAAAAGGGGUUCUCCCCGAGGGGAAACCCGCUUCGCAUGAUCAAGGUCACGCGGCGAUGCCUACGUGCCUUGGACAUGUGGAGGAAUCCCUGGUUCCUGUCUCAGGGGCCGGUGCUGGGAGCUCCUUGUCGCCGCGUAACGCUAGCAACAGAUGCUUCCCUCACCGGUUGGGGUGCGGUCAUGAGUGGCCACACCGCCCGCGGUCUGUGGAGAGGUCACCAACUCACUUGGCACAUAAAUUGCCUGGAGAUGCUGGCCGUGUUCCAAGCGCUGAAGCACUUUCUCCCGGACCUAAGAGACCGUCAUGUGUUGGUCCGCACCGACAACACAUCGGUGGUCUCUUACAUCAACCACCAGGGAGGUCUGCGUUCGCGCCCCUUGUACAAGCUGGCGCACCAGAUCCUUGUGUGGUCCCGGGGCAAACUCCUCUCGCUGAGAGCGGUUUACUUACCGGGGUACUUAAAUGUGGCAGCAGACAUCCUGUCGAGACAGGGGCCGAGGCCCGGGGAAUGGAUGCUUCACCCCGAGGUGGUGAAGCAGAUCUGGAGAGUUUUUGGUCCAGCCCAAGUGGACCUUUUUGCCACGAGGGAGAACACGCAAUGUCCCCUCUGGUACUCUCUAGCUCAUCCAGCUCCCCUGGGGCUGGAUGCCAUGGUACAGACGUGGCCGAGGCUUCGUCUGUACGCCUUUCCCCCGAUCGCUCUGCUCCCGGGAGUUCUAGAGAGAGUGCGCCGGGACGGGGUGUCCCUCCUUCUAGUAGCCCCGUACUGGCCGGGCCGAGUAUGGUUCUCGGACCUGAUUUCUCUCCUCGACGGCUCUCCCUGGGAGAUUCCCGUCAGGAGAGAUCUCCUCUCACAGGCGGGGGGUACUGUGUUUCACCCUCGCCCGGAGCUGUGGAAACUUUGGGUGUGGCCCCUGAGGGGGCACAUCUCUUAGCUUCCGGUCUCUCAACCGAGGUUGUUGAGACCAUCCUCCAAUCUAGAGCUCCCUCUACGAGGAAACUUUAUGCCUUGAAGUGGAGGCUUUUCACUUCUUGGUGUGAACGCCACCAGCAGGACCCAGUUAACUGCCCAGUUGGUACAGUGCUGGAGUUCCUGCAGGAUAGGCUUUCCGCAGGGUUAUCCCACUCCACCCUGAAGGUCUACGUGGCGGCCAUUGCGGCCUACCACGCCCCUCUCGGUGGUCUCUCUGUGGGUAAAGACCCCCUUGUCUCUCGUUUCCUCCGCGGUGCACUGAGGCUGAGGCCUCCUGUACGUUCUCGUGUCCCCUCAUGGGACUUGUCGCUGGUGCUAGAGGCUCUCUGUAGGCC